ACUGUAGAGGUCGUAACUAACACGCACAGCCGUAUUUUACUCGGAGAGUCGGAGAUUGGAUUUUGGCUUGCUAAACAAGAUUAUACGUUACAAUACUGUAAAUGGUGAGGUUGUUAGCUAGCUGUUAACAAGUGGCAUCUCUGCGUAAUCUAAUGCACUGUAGCUAUGUUAAUGUAGACGUAAGUUAAAGUCUAGCUACAAUGACUUCAAGCGACUCCCCAGAAUAUGCAAUUGUGUAUGUCCGCGAAAAGGGAGAGAUUCGUAGUGUAAAUGCUAAAGGAAAUUUAGUAGUACAUCGGCAGUACCCUAGAUAUAAAACACCUAGAUUAUUCGAUAAAGAUUUUUCAGUUAAACUGUGCAUCGACAAUUUCCCAACAACAAUUGGACAAAGAAGCGAUCACUUCGUCUUCACCUACAACCAAGAAGGAAGCCUGCGCUACACGGUGAAAUCUUUGUUCGACAUAACUUUGUUGUUUAUUGCCGAUAACGCUGAAUAUAUCGAUUCUCUCGUCGGUUUUCCUGAGCAAAUGGCUGACAAGUUGUUCGCGGCCGCUGAAGAGAAACAAAAAUUCACAGACCCUUUAACUUCAACAAGGGCAUUAAAAGUUUUCAGUGAGGCCUAUGGGGAACUUGUAUUAAAAUCAUUGUGUCUGAGAGACCGAUGUCUCUUGCUCUCUGAAAGGAUAGAAGAGAUUCGAGUCUUUCAUCGAUUAGAAAGCCUGGAUCUCCAUGGUUGCAGAUUAGGUGAUAGUCAUGACAUUUUCAGACACCUAACCUCGGAUGCAUUUACCAGACUUGUGCGGCUGUUCAUUGGGGAUAACUGCCUAUCAGAUGAAGGCCUCCAGAGACUAACAGCACCAGUCAGAGUGAUGAAGAAAGGCCUAGAAAGCCUCCAACAGUUGGAUCUCUCUAGUAAUCCAUUCACAGAGAAAGGACUUGGAUAUUUGACAUGCUUUCAAAAACUACAACAGCUGAACAUCUCAGAGACAAAUGUGAAGAUAAGUACAUCACUGAAGGUUUUUUUCAGGAAUAAGAUGGGAAUGGAGCUAUCAGUAGCACCACUGAAAGAAUUCCUUCACUCUGAGUGUAAAACUGAGGGCUGGGCAGAGGAGAUAAUAAAUCAAUGGGAAAUGAAAGCUUCAGAAUUACCCAAGAAAGAUUCUAAACCAAGAACAAAUGCACUCCAGUUCUAUGGAAGGAAAAAGUUUGUCAGAGAGAGAAUGCACUCUAUAUGUUAUGAUGCAAAAAGUGAUGAGAAGACCAUAAUUCACUUUCAUAAGUCUGAUCCUGACAGCACAUCCCAGCAAGUGGGACACAGCACGGGCAGCCUUACAAAACUGGCCAUACAAAUCAAGAAGAGGAAACUUUCCACAGAGCAAGAGAAUAAUCAAGGAAGCCUGACUGCAAAGCGCCAAGCUUUGUGUAAUUUUUCAGCUGAGGACUUAAAACUUCUGAAUAGUUACUGAAACACCAGACCAAUGUUUGUUUGUUUUUGUUUUUUCCUUUUUACACCAAGGAACACUCAAUGUUCAUCUUGUUUACUGACCAGUAAAAUAAAAGCUCUCAACUUAGAUAUCAGGACUAUGAACAUUCUGUAGUUAUAUAAAUACCAUUCUCAUGUGUCUUGAAUAUCAGUCACAUUGCGUUAUAACAGUGAAAUGCAAAUACAACAUACAAACCUGCCUACUUUGUGGGAUGGAGAUCAGAGAUGAUCUGGCUGAAGCUGUUCUGUGGAACUUCAAUGCUGCAAUAAGGGAAGUUUCUGCAAGCUAGACUGGUUCUGUACAAGAUA